AUACUGGCAUUACAAUGAAAAAAAUGACCAAUGAAAAGCUGGAAUUUCGAGCUGAAAUUUAAAAAUGCGAAAAUUAAUUUUCUUGAUCUAGUUCAGCUUUGAAGAAGUAAUCAAUCGAACAAUAAAUAAAUAAACAAACGACUGUCAGAACACUGAUUAGAAAGUUUCAAUUUUUCGAUCUAAUUUUAAAGUCCAUUUCAUGAUAUUGGACCGCUGAUUUUUUUAAAUCAAAACAAAAAUUGCCUAACAAUGAUUUUUAGAAUCAUUGAAUUCUUUUUUAUGCUUUCUUGUUUUACGUUGACGACGGUUUAUGGACGUUCGCCUCCGAAAAUCGCUAUUGUCGGAGGUGGUAUCGGAGGAACUUCAUGUGCCCAUUUUUUGAACGAAUUGUUUGGAGGAAAAGCUGACAUAACUUUAUAUGAGCGAGAUCUGAUUGGAGGGAGACUUAAUUUAGUUGAUGUUGAUAGAAAUAAAUAUGAAGCUGGAGGAGCCGUUAUACAUUUAAGAAAUGAAUAUAUGUUGAAAUUUGCUGAUAAAUUAGGUCUUGGUAUUAAAAAACCAGAGUCUAGUAUUAAAUUUGGAGUAUAUGAUGGAGAAAAAUUUGUUAUUGAGGAGAGUGACUGGUACAUUAUUUCAGUUAUUAAAUUCUUAUGGAGAUAUGGUUUUUCGACUAUUAAACUUUGGAAAGAUGUCAAGUGGAUGUUAGAUGAAUUUAGUAGGAUAUAUGAUUUACAAAAAGCAAAUUAUUCCUUCACAACUGUGAAUGGUCUGCUUGAUUCCAUGAAUAAAAAUUUUAAAAACAUGACGCAAGUGUCUCUUGCUGGACAUCUUGGAAAGCAUUAUUCUAAAGCAUUUUUAGAUGAAUUGGUGCAAUCUGUAAUGAUGGUGAAUUAUGGACAAACAAAUAAUAUUAGUGCUUUUGCAGGAUUUGUGUCACUAGCAGGAGCCGAUAGUAAUUUGUGGAGUAUUGACGGUGGCAACAAGCGUGUUCCCGAAGGUCUCCUAAGACUAUCUAAAGCUAAGCUUGUGAAUGGAGAUGUUACAGAGAUUAUUUUAUUAAAAGAUGGCUCAUAUAAUUUAAAGUACGUAGAACCGAGUGGAAGUGUAUCAGGCGUCGAGUACGAUAUUGUUAUAAUUGCAAAUCCACUUAUUAAAGGACUCACAAACAUAAAAUUUACACAUUUUAAAAAGAGUUUCCAGCAGUUUGAAACCAAAUUCCACAGAACUGUCGCAACAUUUGUUAAAGGUUUUAUAAACCCUGCUGCCUUUAAUGCGGAUAAAGUGCCUAAUGAAAUCCUUACCUGUCAGCCUCAUCUUCUAUUUAAUAGCAUUGGUAAAGUUACUCCUGUUAGUACUUUGGAGAAAAAUAUCACUACGAAUGUGUAUAAAGUAUUCAGUGCAGAACCUCUUACACCAAAAACGAUUCACCGUCUUUUUAACGAUGUUGAGAUGAUCAAGGAAAGAGAUUGGUUGGCGUAUCCACAUUAUGAACCACCAGAGAAUGUUCCUCCCUUUUUGCUUUAUCCUGGUUUAUAUUAUAUUAAUGCUAUAGAACUUUCAGCUAGUGCUAUGGAAAUGAGUGCUAUUGGGGCCAAAAAUGUUGCUUUGUUAUCUUAUAAUUUAUGGAAUAAUUUAAUGAACAAGGUGGACCAUCAUAGUCGAAUUUAUAAAGAUGAACUGUGAAAUAAUUCUUCAAAUUAAUUUCCAUGUGAUAUUCACUAUAAUUUUUCAUGUAGUUGAUUAGAUAAGAAUUGAGAUUUAAAUGCCUGGUUCUUGUCCCUUGGUGAUAAAAGUAAAAAUAUUUUUUUAGCUAAUAUCUAAUUUAUAAUCUAAUUAGUAUACCAAGCUAAAAUGGAGUUCAUGAAUAGUACAAUUCAGUUGUGAUAUAUUUGCUGUUAAUAGAUAAAUAAUUUAUCAUAAUAUUUAUGUUAUUCUAUUAUUUGAGCGUGUGACAUGACAUUUUUUCUUUUUUUCAAAAUUAAAAAUUUUAAGCUGGUAAUAAGUUGUUCUGCUGUCAGAGUUGUGCUAAAAAUUUUAUAGUAGCAUUGAAAGGUAAUUAGUUCUUUCAUAAUAGACCUAAAGUUUCAUGUUUUUGAGUCAAAAACGUAAAUUUACUUUUUUUUAAAGCAUGAACAUAAAAUAAAUUUAAAUUUAUAAAAAUAAUGUAAUUAAAAAUAUGUACUAAAUAUUUUGAAGUAGCAUUAAAAGGUAUUUAGUUCUUUCAUAAUAGA